AUGGUUACCAUCAGUCUAAGAGAAGCACUUUUGCUUCUUGGAGUAUUGUUGAUAAUCACCAAGGCGGUAGGGAUCGGACCUUUCUCCAAUAAGCGAGCUGGUCUGGCUCCUGGUCCACCAGGUGUGUGUUCUUACUCUGUAGAAGAUCCAUCCAUGAUUGACAACAUCACAGGAAAACCGUUCAUAGGAAAUCUUCUUGAUGUUCCACCUUUCCACUCGUGGCUCAAGUUCAAAGAAUGGGCGGACCAGUACGGACCAAUCAUGAGUAUCAAUCUUGGUGGUCGGUUGAAUUACAUUGUAUCAACAGAGAAAAUCGCCAAUGAUCUUUUACGUGAACGCGGGAACAUAUACUCGGACCGCGAACAAACCCCAGCUGGUGCGCAGCUCUUGAGUGGUGGGCUUCGACCUCUUCUCCUGCCUUAUAACGACGUGUGGCGUAAUGGAAGGAAACUAAUGCAUCAUUUGACAAUGACAAAAAAAGCCAACAGCUAUCAGCCCACACAACUGUUGGAGUCUACCAAAAUGCUUCAUGACUUGAUCAAGAGCCCGAAAGAUUACGAAUUCUUUUUCGAAAGAUACGCCUCAGGGGUAAUCUUCAGACUGGCUUUUGGGAAGAGGAUCGACGAGAAGAACGAGCCAAUACUCAGGAGGAUCGUCAAAGUCAAUCACACUCUAGAAAAAGUCGCAUCACCUGGGAGUUAUCUGGUCGACACGUUUCCAAGCCUGAUGUACCUCCCGAGAUUCUUGGCACCGUGGAAGCGAGAAUUGGAGGACUACCACACCUUCGAAAGUACUCUCUUCAAGGAGCUCUUGGAAGACGUCAAAAAGGACCUGAAAGAAGGACAGGCUACGGACUGCUGGGAAAAGUAUUUUGUUGAACACGCAAGUGAAUACAGCUUGACUGAAGAGCAGGGUGCAUACGUGAUUGGAACUCUCUUCGAAGCGGGUUCUGGGACAACAGCGGCGGCAAUGAUGUCUUUUCUUCUGGCCAUGGUACACUACCCUGAGUGGCAAACCAAGGUGCAACACGAGAUUGAUCAAGUGGUUCCAAGAUCGAGGCUUCCAACAUUCGACGACUUGCCAAACUUGCCCACAGUCAGAGCGAUGGCGAAGGAAACCGUCCGCUGGCGGCCUGUAACUGCGGGAGGGGUGCCGCAUAUGCUCUCCCGAGAAGACACUUACAAUGGCUUUGUGUUACCCGCAGGGACGAAUGUCCAUGCCAAUCAAUGGGCAAUUCAUCAUGACAAGGAGCUUUACCCGGACCCCGAUAAUUACAACCCAGAACGAUGGCUUAACCCUAAGUAUCCGACAUACAAAGAGCCGCUCACCAUUCACCCCAAUCUGCAAAACUUCUCCUGCUUCGGAUUUGGCAGGCGCAUCUGCCCAGGACAAAACAUCGCCGAGAGGAGUCUGUUCAUCUUGGUUGCCAGGAUCAUGUGGACAUGCAAAAUCUCGAAAGCUAAGGACGCCACAGGCCACGAGAUCGACGUUCCUCUUUACAAUUACACUACUGGUUUCAACGCUCAGCCAAAAUCGUUUCCGUUCGAGCUCAAACCUCGCGACGAUAGUCGCCUGGGUGUCGUCGAAAAAGAGUAUGAGUUCUGGCAAAUGAACGAUCCACUUGUCGGAAGAUGA